GUUUUGGGUUCCUGUUCCUCUUUGGUUUUCCAGUGAAAGAGAAAGAUUUGGCCAUCUUUUUCUUUGUAUUUUUUUGGUUUGCUUGAGCCCACUGAGUCAGGGCUUGUCUCUAAUAAAUGCCAGUGACUUUUCUAGAGGGUGGAGCUGUUUUCUGUGUUAGGCGGUGGUUGCUGCUCCUGCGUGUUGACUGCUGCUGUGCAGGGGCUGGUGUUGCUGUUUUUUGGUGUUGUCAUCUUUGUUUGAAGUUAGAAGGUUCAAUCACGGUCUCAUCUACAGGUAUGGACCGUAGUUGGAUGAGAGCUAAUCGAUUAAGUACUGAGUACAGACAUGGAGUGAUGGAAUUUCUACAGUUUGCUGAAAGUAAUGCUGAACUAGAACGUCCUCCUCCUGAAUUUCCUCCACUUUUUCUAUGUCCGUGUAUUUUUUGUGCAAAUAAAGAACCAAAACGUACUAAGAAAGAAAUCAUGAAUCAUCUAAUUUGUGACGGGAUUUGUCAAAAUUAUACACAAUGGAUAUGGCACGGUGAAGUAGUAGCAACGCCAAGUGUGUCCCAUAGAGAAAGUGGUAGUGUGGAUAUCGAUGAUCGACUGGAAGACAUGAUGCGUGAUAUUGGAGAAGAUUCGUUUAAGAGGGCGCAUGUGUAUGAAACUUUAUGCAGUGACAAGGAUGAACCAUUGUAUCCGGGAUGCACAAAUUUUACCCGUUUGUCUGCGGUGUUAAAAUUGUUUAAUUUGAAAGCAAAAAAUGGGUGGACCGACAAAAGUUUCACUGAAUUGCUUGAAUUGUUGAUACAAAUGCUUCCAGAAGCUGGGAAUUGAGGAUGGUGAUGAAAUGCUUGUUAUGCUUCAUCUGAGAAGACAUGUUUAGUGGAAAAUUAUAAUGAAAAGCUUGCCAUGCUUCAUUGUAGAUGGAACUGGUUUAACUUUGGACUAGGCAAAUUAAUGCAUAAUAUUUGUACCUUCUAUUUUCUAGUAAUAUUAUGGUGCAGUUGCAGCUGCUGGACUUUGCA